CCAUAUUUCCACAAUCACCAAAGCCAAUUCAAUCACAUACACCCUUCCAUUACCAACUACAAGAUGAAGCGAGGUCUCUUUUCCUUUUCCUUCUCUCUCCUCCUACUCAUGUUCAUGUUUUCUUCAUUUUACUCUUCCUCCACUGCUGCACCAGCACCUGCAGCUGCACCAAAAGUUCCUCCGAAAGCUGCACCAGCCCCAAAGGCUAAAGCGCCUUCAUCAAAACCAUUUGUCCCCACAUUACCACAAUCUCCAGCAGACACCUCUGAUUCUACCCCUGAUGACAUCACAAGGAUUCUAAGGAAGGCCAAAACAUUCACCGUCCUAACACGCCUCUUGAAAACCACAGAAAUCAUGAACAACGUCAAUUCACAACUCAUAACAACAAAAGGUGGUGGCUUAACAAUCCUUGCACCUGAUGACGCUGCCUUCUCAAACCUCAGAGCAGGCUUCCUCAACUCUCUAAACGAAGGCCAAAAGAUUGAACUAUUGCAAUUCCACAUUCUUCCACAGUAUGUUUCCAGCUUAAAUUUCGAUUCUCUGAGCAACCCAGUUCAGACAGUAGCUGGCAAAGACCCCAAAAGGCUACCACUGAAUGUGGAGUCAUAUGGUAGCAGUGUGAAUAUAUCAACGGGUGUUGUGAAUGCCACAAUAACAGGUGUAGUGUACUCAGAUAACAAGCUUGCCAUAUAUCGUUUGGAUAAGGUGCUGCUUCCUUUGGAUUUCUUUGUAAAAACUGCUCCAGCUGCAGCUCCAGUUGUGGCAAAAGCACCAAAAGCUGAUAAGGAGAAAUCAUCUUCAGAAGAUGAGGAUGAGACAACACAGGAUCAGAACAAAUCUGGAGCAGUGAGUUUAAUCAGCUUUCAGGGAACAUCGUUGAUGUCCCUCGGAGUAGCUUUCAUUGCAAUGGCAACAUUAUGGAGUUGAGUUGAAGACUGUCCAUUUGGCAGCUGCAUGUGAAUUUCUGAAACAAGUUUCUUUUUUUAAUCCCCUUUAAAUUUUGUUCAGUCUUCUCUUUGAGUAUUUCUUAUGUAUUUGGGUCAAUAUAUGAAGAUGGU